AACAAUAACAAAAGAAGACGACACACAAACAUUACUUUUGCCGCCUGCCGUUAACCGCCAACCGCCCCUCCCGCCCGCGCGCAAAGCAAAGCAAAGCAAGCAAGCCAGCCAGUAGAAUCGCAUUGAUUUAGUCGCUCGCCUGGGUCCGAGUUCUUGUUCUGCAUUCUGCAUUAUGCUUUGCUAAUCAUUGUUGCAUCCAGCCGUCAGUCAUCGUCGCGUUGCCGUCGCCGUCGUCGUCUUCGUCUUGGCCUUGUGCUCGAAUUGUGUUGUUGUAGUGUGUGUAAUAGAACGGUGUUAAUUCAUUUCUUUCUUUCUUUUUUUUUUGAGAGUGUGUUUGUGUAAUUAAUUUUGCUUCUGUUGUUUCGUGUGCUUCAUUUUGCGAACAACAACAAGAAAACCAUGUGUAUAGCAUAGCUAUUAUUUAUUUAUAAUAAUAACAGCAGCAAGAGAUUGAAGUGAAAGAAGAAGCAGCUGAAGAAGAAGAGGAAGAAGUACUAAACAUAAAAUCAACUGAAGCGCGACCCACAGCAUAAAAAAAAGGCAAAGGCAGGAAGAGUUGGGCAGCGGGACGGGCAGACAGAAAGACAGACGGGCAGAAAGAGAGGGAGACUGAGACAGAGACAGCGUGAAAGCGAGCGAGAGAGCAAAUAAUAAAGCUAUAAUUAAUGCAAGGCGCAGCUGUAUUUAGUCUAUAAUAUGUUUAGAUAUUUAUAAGACCAGAGUUAUAGUUCAAAUUCAAAUCGAUACGCUGCCAAUUCGUAAACGCUUAUCACGCAACAGCCACAACAAACAUUCAGCCGAAAAAGUAUUACACACAAACGCAUAGACCUAGACACACAGAACACGCAUACGCACACAGACUUAGAUACGUACGCACGCACGCACGCAUUGUUGUUGCGCCCAACGCAAGCUAGAGCGAAAGAGAUAACAACACGGAUUGCAUUGAAAGAGACGCCCACAACAAACUAGAGCAGCUUCAGGUUUAGCUCCCACAGCAUCAGCAAAGAGAAAAAAAGCAUAACAAUAAUCAUGAGCUCUCCGAUCGUUACGCGACGCGGCGCACAACAGGCCAAAAUACAGACCCGCGCCAUGGUCAAGUCCAAGCUGGCACCAACAUCAUCAUCAUCAUCAGCGUCAGCUUCAUCGACGUCGUCGACAGCGGCGCUAGCGUCAGCGUCGAGCAUUGCAUCGUCGACGGCGUCGUCGUCGUCGGCGGCGAGCUCGAUGAAUGCGAACAGCGGAAUGCGCAAACCGAGUCCAUCGCUGCUGGAGGCAAAACGUCGAGCACGGAAUAUGCUCAAGUCCCAAACAAGCAACAUCGCCAUGCAGGAGACUGUAACCGAUAUCUUUCAGAACGCCGUCAAUGCAAAGAACAUGGAACGCGGCCCCACAGCGCUUAUCUAUGACGAGUCGAUGGCCCAGCAUCGCUGCCUCUGGGAUGAUCAGCAUCAGGAGCGACCCGAACGCUUCACCCGCACCCUGGAGCGUUGCAAGGAGCUGAAGUUGAUUGAACGUUGUCUGCCGUUGCCAUCGCGUCUGGCCACCAAAGCGGAGAUCCUCAAGCUGCACUCGGCGGCGCAUUACGAGUGCCUCGAGCAAACAUCGGGCGUGCAGGACGAGGCGGCAAUGGAGGAACUGUGCUCCCAUUAUGACGCGAUCUACAUACAUCCGUCCACUUUCAAGCUGUCGCUGCUGGCGAGCGGCUCAACCCUAGAGCUGGUGGACCAGCUGCUAGCGGGGAAGGCACAGAAUGGCAUGGCCAUCAUCCGUCCGCCGGGUCAUCAUGCGAUGAAGGCCGAAUUCAAUGGCUACUGCUACUUUAACAAUGUGGCGCUGGCAGCCCAACACGCACUCGAUCACCAUCAGCUGCAGCGCAUUCUCAUCAUUGAUUACGAUGUCCAUCACGGCCAGGGGACGCAGCGUUUCUUCUACAACGAUGCCAGGGUCUUGUACUUCUCGAUUCAUCGCUACGAACACGGCAGCUUCUGGCCCAAUCUGCCAGAGUCGGACUAUCAUGCGAUUGGCGCUGGUCCCGGCGCAGGCUACAACUUCAAUGUGCCCCUCAAUGCCAAGGGCAUGGGCAACGGCGACUACAUGGCCAUCUUUCAGCAACUGCUGCUGCCCGUUGCAGUCGAGUAUCAACCGGAGCUGAUCAUUGUCUCCGCCGGCUACGAUGCGGCACUCGGCUGCCCCGAGGGCGAAAUGGAGGUGACACCCGCCUGCUAUCCGCAUCUGCUCAAUCCGCUGCUGCGUCUCGCCAACGCACGCGUCGCUAUCGUCCUCGAGGGCGGCUACUGUGUUGACUCGCUGUCGGAGGGUGCGGCGCUAACGCUGCGUGCGCUGCUCGGCGAUCCCUGUCCGCCGCUGGUCGAGCCACUGCAACUGCCCAGCGCCGAGUUGCGAGAGGCACUGCUCAACUGCAUCUUCGUGCAUCGACCUUACUGGCGUUGCCUGCAGCUGCAGCAAACAUACACGGCCGACGAGUUGACGCAGUGCACAGAUGUUGCGGCUCAGCAGCAACUGCAUCGCGUGAAACGCAUCUGGUUGGGUGGCCCAUUGCCGCAGGGACCACAGCGUUAUCCGACACGUGGCACCUCGGCUCAGCUGAGUCCGGAGGUUGUCGCCAGCAAUGCGGCGCGUCUGCAAAUGCUGCGCAGGGACACACAACUCUCGGUGCCGGCGACGCGGGUUUGCUAUGCCUACGACAUGCAAAUGCUGCAGCAUUUCAAUCUGCACGACACUUCGCAUCCGGAGCAACCGAUGCGCAUUCGCCAGAUCCAUCAGAUGCACCAGGACUACCAGCUGCUGGCACGCAUGCAUCCGCUGAAGGCCCGCGCAGCCACCACGGACGAAGUGUGUCUCGCGCACACGCGUGCUCACGUCAAUUCGGUGCGUCGCCUGCAGGGACGCAACGAGGAGGAGCUGCAGCAGCUGGGCGCUGGCUACAAUUCGGUGUACCUGCAUCCGCGCACUUAUGAGUGUGCCUCGCUCGCCUCGGGCGCUGUGCUCCAGGCUGUGGACAGCAUUCUGCGUGGCGAAUCGCGCAGCGGCAUCUGCAAUGUGCGACCGCCGGGACAUCACGCUGAACCGGAUCAGCCGCAUGGCUUUUGCAUCUUCAAUAAUGUGGCGAUUGCCGCCCAGUAUGCGAUACGCGAGUACCAGCUGGAGCGCAUCCUCAUUGUCGACUGGGAUGUGCAUCAUGGCAAUGGCACGCAGCACAUCUUCGAGUCCAAUCCCAAGGUGCUGUACAUCAGCGUGCAUCGCUACGAGCACGGCGCCUUCUUCCCCAAGGGACCCGAUGGCAACUACGAUGUGGUGGGCAAGAACGCCGGACGCGGCUUCAACGUCAACAUACCCUGGAAUAAGAAGGGCAUGGGCGACCUGGAGUACGCGCUGGCCUUCCAGCAGCUGAUCAUGCCCAUCGCCUACGAGUUCAAUCCCCAACUCGUGCUCGUCUCCGCCGGCUUCGAUGCGGCAAUUGGCGAUCCGCUGGGCGGCUGCAAGGUGACGCCGGAGGGCUACGGCCUGUUCACCCACUGGCUGUCGGCAUUGGCCGGGGGACGAGUGCUGGUGUGCUUGGAGGGUGGCUACAAUGUGAACUCGAUAGCGUAUGCGAUGACCAUGUGCACAAAGACGCUGCUCGGGGAUCCGGUGCCGACGCCACAGUUUGGGACGACAACGCAACGACCGCCGACGGUGGCAUUCCAGAGUUGCAUGGAGACGCUGCAGCAGUGCGUGGAGGUGCAACGGAAGCACUGGAAGUCGCUGGUCUUCGGUUGCAAGUUGCCGCAGAGUGCGCUGGGCGAGAACAACAACGAGGAUUUUCUUGCUGCUACCAUGCAGCAGUUGGAUAUUUCAAAUGACGACGCAACCGCGACCGACGGCGCCAUUGGCAUUGAGCACGCCAGUGGCCAGGAGCGACCCAGCGGCAGCAAGCCCAAAGUCAAGGUAAAAACGCUCACCGAGUUUAUGGCCGAGCACAAGGAGGCACUCGAGCAGCAGGAAAUGUUUGCCAUAUAUCCGCUCAAAAGCUGUCCACACUUGAGCCAAUUGCGCCCGGAGGAGGCGCCGCAAUCAAUAGAGACGAGCAGCGCCUGCGGCGGCUGCGCUUCAACAGUGGAGAAUUGGAUGUGCCUCAGCUGCAAGGCCAUUGGCUGUGGUCGCUACAUCAACGAGCACAUGGAGGAGCAUUGCAGGCGGGAGCAGCAUCCGCUGGUGUUGAGCUUCAGCGAUUUGUCCGUGUGGUGUUACGAGUGCAGUGCCUACAUCGAUCAUCCGCUGCUCUACGUCUAUCAGAAUCUGGCGCAUUUGGACAAAUUCAACGAGCCGAUGGCUUGGACACACAGCAGCAAGAGACGCAGCGAUGGCUGCUACUCCACGGAUGCAGUGCAACCGGAGGAUGCAAAGAAGCACCAAAGCGACGACAGCUCCAACGAUGAACAAGAGAGUAACGAUGGCAAUGGCAAUGGCCAUGGAUUCUAUAUACAAUUGGAGCGCAACAACUGACCCUUGGUGCUGCGUGUGCUGGACGCCCUAACGGAUUACAUGUGCACGCUGUGUCCCCCGCUCCGACACCUGUUGCAGUUCCUUGUGGAGUACAUGUGGCCGCUGCUCGAACGCAUUUACCUUAAGCUCCUCCAAUACUUUCUGGCCAACUGAGACUCCACCAGCCAAGCAACCAACCAAAAUUCACUGUAGCGAGCGCCCGCUGGCCCACAAAUAAUUGUUGUUGAAUUCAGAGGCGAUGCCGAUGCCGAUGAGGCGGAUGCAAGAGAUGGGCAUCCAAACUUGUCCCUGUUGUCCGUUCUAAGUAUAUGCAUAUAAAGAUUGUUACACAAAUAAUGUUAUCAAUAUCACCAAUUGACUAUAAAACUAUGUAUAUGUAAUAAACAACAAAAACUUAA